GAUGCGCGUGGGGCCCGGGGAGGGCUCCUCUGGCGCCCCUUGCAAGGCCCCUUUGCAAGGCUGCCCGUGUGUCCUUACUCGUUACUUUGCUUUAUCAUAUACCUAGCUGUCUAGCCAUCCCUGUGUCCUUCCAUGCCUUGUGCACCCCCGCUGUAUGGCCCACCGCUCAUCCCAACCGAGUUGGGGUGUUGGGAGGCGGGGCGCUGCUAACUCGUCCCUCUCCAGGCCUGGGCAGUAGCAGAGUGUUGCUGGAAUGGCUCGGACUUUGGAGUCCAGGAAUCUUGAGCUGGAAUCCCCGCUGUGGCCUUUCUUUGCUGUGUGACUUUGGACGCCUCGCUGAAUCUCCACUUUGCUUCUUCCUUUGCAAAAGGAAAAUUUCAUUCAGCGAAUCGUUAAGACGCUCCAAAGACGCCACGCUAGGCGCUUUGAUGAGCACAUUGGCUCCACGUGAGAAAAGACCCCUGUCCUCUUGGAGGUUGCUUUCAGGGGGAAAAAGGUAAUGCACGGAUUUUUUUUUAAGUGAUAACUCAGACAGCGGUAACUGCAGCGAAGAAAGUAAGGUUGGAAUCGCCUUUAGCCAAGGCCAAGUUUUGCAACAAGCCUUUGUUCCUCUGCCCAGAUGUCCAGGAUAACAUCCACUAUGGUCUCCAAGGACAUGAUUUACAACAUGGCUGACACCCACCAUCCUGGUUUCUGUCCGUAGGAGUCUGACUGCUCUGGGGACCUCAUAGAACAUCCUGGAGUCCACGGAAAAUAGUUCUACUUCAGUCAUUGAAGAAAAAAAGGAAAAACGCAGGAACACAGUGCCCGAGAUUGUUCCUGACCAUGCGGCUAAUCCUUUCCACAUGUCUGGAGACGUGGAUUUCUUCUUGCUCAGAGAUCAGGAGCGGAAUAAGUCUCGCCUAGAGAGGGAGCAGAAGAAGACGCUGCGGAUGCACCAAAAGAUGACCUACGCGUCCAAAGUGUUGGCCAAGCACACCAGCCUGCGUCGCGAGCUGCAGCUGGAGGACGAGAUGCAGGACCAGGAGGUGCGCGCCGAGGCGGAGCGGCUGCGCGCCUUCCACGACAACACGGCGUGGAAGCUCUCCAUGACCAAAGAAAAGAAGAUGGAAUCUGACAACCUGAACAACUACAUCAACCAGAAGCGUCAGAUGUUCCGCAUCCAGUACGCCCUGGACAUGAAGCAGCAGGAGAUCCAGCGGCUGGAGCUGCUGGUGACCAAAGAGGAGGCAGAGCUGGAGCGGGCAGAAAGGUCCCUGGAGAAUGACGCCGCCCUGUUCGAGGAGUUCCUCCGGGAGAAUGAUCGGAGCUCGGUGCAGGCCCUGAAAGCGGCUGAGAAGGAGACCAAAGCAAAGGUGGAGAAGAUCUUGGAAAUCCGGGACCUGACCACCCAGAUCAUGAACAUCAAAAGCGAGAUCUCCAAAUUUGAAGACACUUUGCAGCAUUACAAGGCCUACAAGGACUUCCUGUACAAGCUGUCGCCCAAGGAGUGGUUGAAAGAGAGGGAGGAGAAGCGUUUGGCUCUCAAAAAGGCCAAGGAGGUCACUGAGCCCCCCAUAGAGAACACUUUACACUCCACGAUCCGGGACAAAGGACCAGGGACCAAGGGCAAGACAGGCUCCAGAGAGGGGCAGGGCCCAAAGAAGUCCUGGAAGUUCCUGCAGGUGGCGCAGCUGGGGCAGAUCCCGUCCAACACCCUGAACCUCCAGCAUAGAAGCCAGGCCAGUGUGUAUAGUGGGCUGAACGCCAAAGGGUCAGACUCUACCACCACUAUGACUGAGGACUCAGGCAGCGACGGGGAGGAGCUGGACCUAUACUUCACGGAGCCCCAGCAGCUCCUGGACAUCUUCACGAAGCUAGAGGAGCAGAACCUGUCGCUCAUCCAGAACACACAGGAGAUGGAGGAGACCCUGGAGGAUCUGAACUGCACCCUGAAAAACACCCAGAUCCGCAUGGACAGGGAAGUCAACCAGCUGAAGCAGUGGGUCAACACGCUGAUGACGUCCAUCGCCAAGGAAGAGGAGACAGUGGCCGAGCUGCAGCUCAAAGCUCGAGUGUUCCACUUCGGCGAGUACAAGGGCGCUCAGGAGGACAAGCUUCUGGAAAGCCUGAACCGCAAGGUGCUGGACGUGUACCGGCACUGCAUCGGCACCCAGCAGGAGUCCAACCUGGGCACUGUGCAGAUGCUCACCAUCAUCGAGCACUACCUGAACGAGCUGCUCGAACACCUAGAGCAUGUACCCCAGGUCAAGAUCGAGCAGGCUGAGAAGGCCAAGGAGAAGGAGCGCCGCAUGAGACUCCGGGAAGAGAAGGUGCUGAUGCAGAAGCAGCUGCAGGAGGAGCGUCUGCAACGGGCCCAGGCUCGGGCCCAGGCAGAGAUCAAGAAGAAGAGAGGCAGGAGGCUGGUGUGUCGCUCCCAGCUCCCAGUCCUGAAAAUAAAGGUGGAGCCUGAGCACGUGCUGAUGGACAAGGAAAAGGAGGAGCAGCUGCUGUUCUUCACCUAGCCCUCCAGUGCUGGCCGGCCCCUCUGCCCACAGCACGGCAACAGCAGCAGCAGGAACCCCGGGCAGGGCAGGGCAGGGCAGGGC